CCCAGGCGUCGCUCUCCCCGCCCCGGUCGCGCCGUCUCGCGAGAGUUGGGAGUAAACAGCCCCGAAUGGAGACGCGAGGCGUGUUCGCUGCGGAGGCGCCGUUAUCCCGGGCCCGCGGGACCCGAGCUUGAGGCGGUCGGAGGCCGCCAGGGCGCCCCGAGUGACCGCCGCCCGCUCGACCGUGGUUCUGUGCUGCAGAUGGCGUGUAGGACUCACUUGUCUGGGCCGCAGUGAGAGGCGCCUGAGGCCCAAGAUGGAGAAGAAACGAAGAAAGAAAUGAAAGCCUCCUUUCAGGCCAAACCACAAAAGGCCAUGAAAUUUAACUUUUAUUUACGUCGGACAAGACUGUAAAACGGCCGAUCAAUGAUGUUUCGGCUCUUCGCCGAGACAAAAAUUGACUAAUAAUCCAGGAAGAAAAAAGUGCGAUUUGAAUAUAUGAGGUUUUAUGACCAUAGUCACUUAUGACCAUGAAGCUUGUCAACAUCUGGCUGCUUCUGCUAGUGGUUUUGCUCUGUGGGAAGAGACAUCUGGGUGACAGACUGGAGAAGAAGGCUGCUGAAAAGGCCCCGUGCCCUGGCUGUUCCCACCUGACUUUGAAGGUGGAGUUCUCCUCAACGGUCGUGGAAUAUGAAUAUAUUGUGGCUUUCAAUGGAUACUUCACAGCCAAAGCUAGAAAUUCUUUUAUUUCAAGCGCCCUGAAGAGCAGUGAAAUAGACAACUGGAGAAUCAUUCCUCGAAACAACCCAUCCAGUGACUACCCUAGUGAUUUUGAGGUGAUUCAGAUAAAAGAAAAACAGAAAGCGGGGCUGCUAACCCUUGAAGAUCAUCCCAACAUCAAACGGGUGACACCCCAGCGGAAAGUCUUUCGUUCGCUCAAGUACGCGGAGUCGCCCUGUAACGAGACCCGGUGGAGCCGCAAGUGGCAGUCGUCCCGGCCCCUGCGCAGAGCCAGCCUGUCCCUGGGCUCCGGGUUCUGGCACGCCACGGGAAGGCAUUCGAGCCGGCGGCUGCUGAGGGCCAUCCCGCGCCAGGUGGCCCAGACCCUGCAGGCGGACGUGCUGUGGCAGAUGGGCUACACAGGCGCUAACGUGAGGGUUGCUGUUUUUGACACUGGGCUCAGCGAGAAGCACCCCCACUUCAAAAACGUGAAGGAGAGAACCAACUGGACCAACGAGCGAACACUGGACGACGGGCUGGGCCACGGCACGUUUGUGGCAGGUGUGAUAGCCAGCAUGCGGGAAUGCCAAGGCUUUGCUCCGGAUGCAGAACUUCAUAUUUUCAGGGUCUUUACCAAUAACCAGGUAUCCUACACCUCCUGGUUCCUGGACGCCUUCAACUACGCCAUCCUGAAGAAGGUGGAUGUGCUGAACCUCAGCAUCGGCGGCCCCGACUUCAUGGACCAUCCCUUCGUCGACAAGGUGUGGGAAUUAACGGCUAACAACGUAAUCAUGGUUUCUGCUAUUGGCAACGACGGGCCUCUAUACGGCACUCUGAAUAACCCUGCUGACCAAAUGGACGUGAUUGGAGUGGGCGGCAUUGACUUUGAGGAUAACAUCGCCCGCUUCUCUUCAAGGGGAAUGACGACCUGGGAACUCCCAGGAGGCUACGGCCGUGUGAAGCCCGAUAUUGUUACCUACGGUGCUGGAGUGAGGGGAUCCGGUGUGAAGGGGGGCUGCCGAGCCCUGUCGGGGACCAGCGUGGCCUCUCCGGUGGUCGCCGGGGCGGUCACCUUAUUGGUAAGCACAGUCCAGAAGCGAGAGCUCGUGAACCCGGCCAGCAUGAAGCAGGCCCUCAUCGCGUCCGCCCGGAGGCUUCCAGGUGUCAAUAUGUUCGAGCAAGGCCAUGGCAAGCUGGAUCUGCUCAGAGCCUAUCAGAUUCUCAACAGCUACAAACCGCAGGCAAGUCUGAGCCCCAGCUACAUAGAUCUGACUGAGUGUCCCUACAUGUGGCCGUACUGCUCCCAGCCCAUCUACUAUGGAGGGAUGCCAACGAUCGUCAACGUCACCAUCCUCAACGGCAUGGGCGUCACGGGAAGAAUUGUAGACAAGCCUGACUGGCAGCCCUACUUACCACAGAACGGGGACAACAUCGAAGUGGCUUUCUCUUACUCCUCGGUGUUAUGGCCUUGGUCAGGCUACCUGGCCGUUUCCAUCUCUGUCACCAAGAAAGCGGCCUCGUGGGAAGGCAUCGCGCAGGGGCACGUCAUGGUCACCGUCGCUUCCCCGGCGGAGGUGGAAUCAAAAAGUGGUGCAGAGCAGACGUCAACCGUGAAGCUCCCGAUCAAGGUGAAGAUCAUUCCUGCUCCCGCCCGGAGCAAGAGGGUUCUCUGGGACCAGUACCACAACCUCCGCUACCCGCCCGGCUAUUUCCCCAGGGACAACCUUCGGAUGAAGAAUGACCCUCUGGACUGGAACGGUGACCACAUCCACACCAACUUCAGGGACAUGUACCAGCACCUGAGGAGCAUGGGCUACUUCGUCGAAGUCCUCGGCUCCCCCUUCACGUGCUUCGACGCCAGUCAGUACGGAACCUUGCUCAUGGUGGACAGCGAAGAGGAGUACUUCCCCGAGGAGGUGGCCAAACUGAGGAGGGACGUGGACAACGGCCUUUCGCUCAUCGUCUUCAGCGAUUGGUACAACACGUCCGUCAUGAGAAAAGUCAAGUUUUACGAUGAAAACACAAGGCAGUGGUGGAUGCCGGACACCGGAGGGGCUAACGUCCCUGCUCUGAACGAACUUCUGUCUGUCUGGAACAUGGGGUUCAGCGAUGGCCUGUAUGAAGGGGAUUUUACCUUAGCAAACCAUGACAUGUAUUACGCGUCAGGAUGCAGCAUCGCUAAGUUUCCAGAAGAUGGCAUAGUGAUCACACAGACUUUCAAAGACCAAGGAUUGGAGGUCUUAAAGCAGGAAACAGCCGUGGUCGAAAACGUCCCCAUUUUGGGACUUUAUCAGAUUCCAGCGGAGGGUGGAGGCCGGAUUGUGCUGUACGGAGACUCCAACUGCUUGGAUGACAGUCACCGACAGAAGGACUGCUUCUGGCUCCUGGAUGCGCUCCUCCAGUACACGUCGUACGGGGUGACCCCUCCCAGCCUCAGCCAUUCCGGGAACCGGCAGCGGCCUCCCAGCGGAGCCGGCUCGGUCACCCCAGAGAGGAUGGAAGGGAACCACCUGCACCGGUACUCCAAGGUCCUCGAGGCCCGUCUGGGAGGCCCGGAGCCUCGGGCUCUACCGGCCUGUCCACACCUGUCAUGGGCCAAGCCACAGCCUUUGAACGAGACCGCUCCCAGUAAUCUUUGGAAACAUCAGAAGCUGCUCUCCAUCGACCUGGACAAAGUGGUAUUACCCAACUUUCGAUCGAACCGCCCUCAAGUGAGACCCUUGUCCCCCGGAGAGAGCAGUGCCUGGGACAUUCCUGGAGGGAUCAUGCCCGGCCGCUACAACCAGGAGGUGGGCCAGACCAUUCCCGUCUUCGCCUUCCUGGGAGCCAUGGUGGUCCUGGCCUUCUUUGUGGUGCAAAUCAACAAAGCCAAGAGCAGGCCGAAGCGCAGGAAGCCCCGGGUGAAGCGCCCCCAGCUCAUGCAGCAGGCGCACCCGCCAAAGACCCCUUCGGUGUGACGUCACACCCGCCGACCGUGACAGCCAAAGAGCGCCUCCGAGGACGGCCGCGACGGGCGGGCGGGCUCACUGUCCCCGGGGGCUGAUCCUGUGUCCAGCUGCGGCGUCCGGGGGUCUGUCCUCGGUGGGCCACCCGCGUGCAGGUGCGUGUCGCGGUGGCCGGCGCCCUGCAUGAGGGGCUUGCGGCCCCGCCGCCGGGGAGGCCUCACACGGUGGCCACGCACCGAGAGGGAGGCCACGUUUACACAGGUGAAGGCUGCAGCCAAGCGGAACUGUGUUCGUCCAAGGGCGUUUUCUAUAUUUAUUGUUGGGAAAAGUCACUUUAAAGGCUUGCGCUGUUUGGAAACAAAGCUAUUUUUUUUGUCCGGGGAAUGCGGUUUUUUUACUGUCGCAUCAUGAGGAAUAACACAGAUUCCGUGAUCUCCUUUUCGAUGGAAGGACAGACUGAGAUUGGAAGGAAACUCGCACAAAUCUGUGAGACACAGACCUUGGCUUUAUUUUUAUAAGUAUCGAUCGCCAUCCUGUUUUGUAAGUUGGGGUCUCGAUUUCACCAUUGUCGGUGAAGAAAAUUUUCAAUAAAUACGCAUUACCUGUAUGAAGCUAA